CUACGAUCUCAGAAAAGUAUGACGCCAGAAAGUACCAAGAUGAUCCUCUUUGUGAACCCCAAGGACGUCAAGUGGAACUAUCAGACGAUGGGGACGAGGUGCGCUAGCAUAUUUUUAUCCGUUCCUUUUCAUGAGGGUAAAGUACUGCUGUAACACUCAAUGAUAGCUGGAAAAUGAAAAUGAUCAAGGUCUCAAUAAUGUCACCGCUUGCCACCACCUCUCCAUUUACGAUCAUGAGAAUCGCACCCACGUCAAGGUACGGCGAUCACUAUGACCGGGAUGCGCGGACGUUUACUUGGGAAACGCAAAGAAGCGACUUAGGCAACCGCAAGCUGACGCUGAUUCGCGAUCUCUGCAACGACCGGCUGGCGCAAGUAUUGAUAGC